UCAUGAUAAUUCAAGUUGUGUUUGUUGUACUCUUAGAAUAUCAAGCUUAUUGAUUUUGGUCUUGUUGCUAAACCUGAAGGAGGAAUGACAGCACAGUUGGAAACCUGUUGUGGUUCACCUGCUUACGCUGCUCCAGAGUUGGUCUCAGGUCUUCCUUACUUUGGAAAUGAGGUUGAUCUAUGGAGUAUGGGUGUGUUACUGUAUGCUCUGGUUUGUGGGUUUUUGCCCUUUGAUGAUGACAACACUUACAAGCUUUACAGACUCAUCCAAAAAGGAGAAUAUGAAAUUCCUCUGUGGCUGUCAAAAGAAACAAUUGGAAUAAUUGGCCAGUUAUUACAAGUAAACCCUCGCAAACGUUCAACCAUCAAAGACUUGUUAAAUGAUGACUGGGUGAUGAARGGKUAUGCUGCUCCAGUCAAGUGGCAAACUCAAAUAAAGAGAGAUAAGCUAGACAUUGAUGUUAUUGAAGAGAUGUCAUCGUAUUACAGUAUUUCACCUGAACGAAUGGCAAAGAAAAUUCAUGAAUGGAAGUAUGAUGCAAUCACUGCCAUGUACUUCUUGUUAAAGAAGAAGAAAAUGAAUGGCCAGCGUCCUCACUUGCUUCCAAAGUAUUCUAAAGUCCUCCAAAACUUCAAUGAAUCUAAAGAAAAUGAGCAUCCAAAUGUAAUUCCUAAAACUAUCAAUGGUCAAAGAGAAGAUGUAGAGUUUGUGCUUCCACCGCCCAAACCAGCACCAUACAGGAAUGGUAGUAGAGGUCGACGUGCAGUCCUGGGAAGUGUUGGAUCUAAUGAUGAACCUGUUCGUAAGCCAAGAGCGUCAACAAUUGCCAGCAGUGCACCAAGUUCACCGUCCAAAGCAGAUAUAGUCAUGCCACCACCAAUGGCUCCUGUUACUCCAAAGAGAAAUGAAGUAGGUUGUGAUAUACCAAUGUCCAAGUCUGAUUACCAGUUUGGUGCUAGUGGGCUUACUCCAAUUGGUCAAAGUAGUAGAGGAAUUUCACACUCACUUGACACUGACUUGGAUAAAAAGACAAAAGGCUGGCGGACGCCUUUCAAGUCUCCAUUCACACCAAGAAGACGAGUUGGAUCAGAAAGGGAUACUCCAUCGACUGCUGGCAAAUGGGGAUCGCGGGGUCUUAUGUCAAGUAUAGAAGAAGGUUUGAAUCGAGUUAUUGAUGCUAUUACUCCUAAGAAAGGAAGUUUUUCAUCUCACGGACCUCGAAAGGUCAAGGCGCUGUACAAUGUAUCCACGACAUCGACACGAAGCCCCGAGGAAGUAAUCGAGGAAAUUAAACGAGUCUUGGAGGAAGCUGACAUUCUUUAUAGACAAAAAGGUUAUUCACUACGAUGUAAAACGAUUGACAAUCGAGGCAAAGUUAUCCUUGAAUUUGAGAUGGAAGUCUGUCUUAUCCCCAAAAUGGAUCUAAUAGGUAUCAGAAGAAAGCGGAUGAAAGGAGACACUUGGGCCUACAAGAAAAUCUGUGAAAAUCUUUUAACUGCAGCUCAAAUAUAACAAAUCAAGGUGAUUCAAAAUAACGGCAAAAGUUGGUCAUGAAUUUAAUGUAGAGAAUAUAACUGACGAACACUUUUUUGAAUUCAAUUAUAAGU